AUGAACAAGCCAUCUUGGGUUGUAGACCACGAGAUCGAACCAACCUUAUCAUCUCCAAAGAGGGUGAUCACCAUGAAGAUAAAGAGACGAAGUACAUAUCAGACGGAGACUGUGAUAUCCGUCGAUCUGAAGACGGUAAGUAAUGGCCACUUGGCCCAUGAAAUGGUAAGAAAUAUGGAAUACAUGCUUGGGUAUCAUGAAAUUGAUUAUGAUUCAGCGAUUGAGAUUAUCGAGGAGACUUCUGAUCAUGUCGCCAACACUAUUCCGACACUUGAUGAUCCCGCGGAAACGGAUCUUGAUAUAAUCGUUAAGAUAAUUGAUCACAACCAAGACGCUUUCCGCAUAAUUGAUCUAGACGUCUAUAUGAUCGAGCUUGGCGAAAACCUAAGAGAAUCCAUCCCCAGCGAAGAGUAUGAUGAAUGCUCAGUUUUCUGCGAAGAGUUCGGGACUGGUGGAGAGCUUAACACUUUAGAUUGUGGGCAUUCUUUUCAUCAUCACUGCGUGUUGGAAUGGGUUAAAAAAAACUUGACAUGUCCAUGUUGUAGGGUAAGACUUGCUUAG